UUGCGUGUAUACUUUUUUCUGAUGUGUCUAUUUCAAAUUGUAAUAGAGGCGAUUCGUCCAUGUGUAUCAGGUGGAUCAAGUACAAAAAUGGCUGACGAGAAAGAUGUCCCGGAGAAAACCAUCGCCGAAGAUUUGGUUGUUACCAAAUAUAAAAUGGCUGGAGAAAUCGUAAAUAGAGUUUUAAAACAGGUGCUUGAUAAGUGUGUGGCUGGAGCUUCAGUUCGGGAAAUUUGUGAAUAUGGGGACCAGCUUUUGACAGAAGAAACUAGCAAAGUUUUCAAGAAGGAAAAGGAGCUAAAAAAAGGAAUUGCUUUUCCUACUUGUGUUUCUGUAAAUAACUGCGUUUGUCAUUUUUCACCUGUGCCUAGUGAACCUGAUUAUAUCUUAAAAGAUGAGGAUAUAGCUAAAGUAGACUUAGGUGCACAUAUUGAUGGUUUUAUUGCCGUUGUGGCCCACACAAUUGUCAUAGGUGCGUCACCUGAGAAAAAAGUUACUGGUCGAAAGGCUGAUGUCAUAUUAGCAGCCCAUUAUGCAUCACAAGCUGCUUUGAGACUUUUGAAACCUGGCAUUGAAACAUACGCAGUUACUGAUGCUGUACAGAAGGUGGCUGAAUCGUACAAAUGUAAACCAGUAGAAGGUAUGCUAAGUCAUCAGUUAAAGCAAUUUAAAAUAGAUGGGGAAAAAACCAUAAUUCAAAACCCAAAUGAAGCCCAACGAAAAGAACAUGAAAAAUUUGAAUUUGACAAGUACGAAGUGUAUGCUAUGGAUGUGCUGAUUAGUACAGGAGAUGGAGUUGGUGAGUUUUUAAUUUCAACUUUCAAUAUUUUCGCUUUCAUCUCCAAUGAAAUCUGUCGCUGGAAAAAACGUCUUCAGGUCUUGAAGAAAAACUUCACUUGCAAGAUCAACUUUGUUUGCCAUUUUACAAGUGAAUACGUGGCACAUUUCAAAUUCACUGUGUUGCUAAUGCCCAAUGGACCACACCGGAUAACGGGCCUGCCAUUUGAGUCGGAUCUGUACGAGUCUCAAUAUUCCGUCGUCGAUCCCGAGCUAAAAACCCUGUUGAGCAGUUCUGCUAACCCGAAAGCGGCGAAAAAGAAAAAGAAGAAGUCAGAGAGUAUGUCUGAACAGCCAAUGGAAGUUGAAGCGGCUGCAUAACGGCGAUUCUUGAUGCACCUUUUCCCUAAACCGUUACCUAUGUUCGUCACUGACGCUCCCUCCCGCCAGUCCUCUGUUUUCCCAGUUCGUGCCCGAUUCUCUUCACCUCCGUAUGCGAGAAAGCUUCACGUAUCAUUCAUAAUUACGUGGAUUCUUAAUUUUUCUGUUUUUUAAUAAACGGACAAGGUACGUUUUUUUUUUUAUUUUUGGAUGUCACUUAAAGUCUAAAAGAUUUUAGUUAAGUGGUUCCAUCGCAGGUUUUACUUCUGUCGACCACGUCUUUUGUAAUGAGGAUUUACUUUAUUUUAAUCUUUUUUUAUUGAGUUUCUGUAAGGUAAGUGCAAAUAAAGGAAUAAAAAGACGUGGCUACAGUUGCUCUUGUAUUUGUAUACGUUUUUACAAGCUCCUCCCCAUAAAGCGCCAUCUCUAUUAGGAAACGGUAAGAAGCACGGCUCUUUUAAUUAACUAUUAAUACAUAUCUUUACAACAGCUUAAAUGCAUUAUUAAAUGAACACUAUUUAACCAUUUUAUAUUGCGCUCUCUUUUUGUGAUUAAUUCCUUAAUUGUUUAUAGUCACUUUUGUUUUAGUUAUGUUAUAAUUCCAAAUAUAAUUUUUGCUUUCUGCUUUUCUAACUAUAUUUAUUAACGAUUAAUAUAAAAGAAUCUGCUUUGGAAUCGCUUAAUUUUUGACACUUUUCCGAAAAACAGGUCGGUAAUUUGUUCACAUGGCAUGCAUUCCAUGUGUAAAGUGUUCUUUGCAAUUUUUCGUCAAGUGGAUUCCGAUGUACAAAUGUUUCUAUUCUUGUACAAAAAAAUAAUAAAGAAAAUCGUUACAAACUCGUCGCUCUAUGUGUCAUAAAGUUAACACACAUUUUCGGGGUACAAAUCGUGUCAUCAGGUGCGCCCUAUUUACCUUUAUUCCUUCUUUUGCUAUUUUUAACGUGGCGUCCACUAUAAUGGCUUUCUUUUGAAAAAAAGGUAACACACAAUUUGUACCAGUUUUAAUAAAUGUUAGCAUUUUCA